AUCUCUAUUUCUAUCUAUAUUACCAGCUUAAUUAUAAUUCUGGUUAGUCUCCUUCCUAAUUGGGAAAAACUCAUCGCUUGUAAUCACGUUAUUCACCACGCGUAGACCGUUACCCGGAUUUAAAGUCAUUGGUAUAAAUACAGCUCGAUUUUUCCCACUUUUCAAUUUUUUUUGAAUUUCGUAUUAUCCUGCAUACGGAAUUUGUGUCAUAUUCUUCCGAUACUUAAAGUCUGGGGGCAAUUAAGGAAGAAAUUGUAUAGUUGUUGAAUAUUAUACUACAUAUAUAAGCGUCAUUUCCAAAGAAAUAGUUUGAUUAGUAUCAUUCAUCUGGCGCGUUUUUAGGGAUACAUUGAUUUGUUCAUCUCAUUCUUUUUAUAUUAUUAAUCAUUAAUUAUUAUUUUUAUUAAUUUAAAGUAAUUAUUUAAUUUCAUAGAUUUAAUUUAAUCGAAGAUAUAUACAUACAUCACGAUGGAUUCUUUUAAAUUACCAACAAAUCCAGCUCAAGCCAAAGCUUUUACAGCUCCAAAUUCCUUGAUGUUCCCUCAAGGUUUUGAUGGUGAGAGUAAACAACAACAACCUCAAGAAGUUAUAAAGAAGGAAGAAACAGCCGAUAUCGUCGAACCAAAACAAGAGGAAGAUGAUGGUGCUACUUCAGGUAUUGUUCCAACUUUACAGAAUAUAGUGGCUACUGUUAAUUUAGAUUGUCGUUUAGAUUUGAAAACUAUUGCCUUGCAUGCUCGUAAUGCUGAGUAUAAUCCAAAGCGUUUUGCUGCUGUCAUUAUGAGAAUUAGAGAACCAAAAACCACAGCUUUGAUUUUUGCUUCUGGUAAGAUGGUUGUUACUGGUGCCAAAUCUGAAGAUGAUUCUAAAUUAGCAUCUAGAAAGUAUGCUAGAAUUAUUCAAAAGUUGGGAUUCAAUGCUAAAUUUACUGAUUUCAAAAUUCAAAAUAUUGUUGGUUCUUGUGAUGUGAAAUUCCCUAUCAGAUUAGAAGGAUUAGCUUUCUCGCAUGGUAAUUUCUCUUCAUAUGAACCUGAAUUAUUCCCAGGGUUAAUUUAUAGAAUGGUUAAACCAAAAAUUGUCUUAUUGAUUUUCGUAUCUGGUAAGAUUGUGUUGACUGGUGCCAAACAAAGAGAAGAGAUUUACGCUGCAUUUGAGUUAAUUUAUCCUGUGUUGAGUGAAUUCCGUAAAUCAUAAGGCAUGAACAAUAUUCCCUUGCAUUUCAAUUUUACUUUUUAUUGUCAUUUUUCAUUCAUUCAUUUAUUAAUUCAUUUAAUUUUAUUGUAUUAUAUCAAAUCUAAAGCACAAAUGAAAUCAAAGAAGGUUGUGUAAAGUAUAGUACAGGUUGGGAGCUUCAAUUCGAUAAAGAAAAAUAUUAA